GUCAAGACGUGAUACUUUUGGGAGAAUGUAGGAAUUAUUUUUGAUUUUAACAUUUUUAAUCGUUGUUUUCCGAGAUUAUUUAAUUUGUUUAUGUGGAUAAGAGAGAAGGCCGUCUAACUGUCACAAGAUGGCAGCCACGGCGCAAGGGGAGAUGUCUGUGGCGGAGCUGAAGGCCGAGAUCGAGAGGCUCGGUCGCGAGCUGGACCAGGCCAGCAGCGAGAAGAUCCAGUCGGCGCAGCUGGGGCUGGUGCUGCUGGAGGAGAAGAGCGCGCUGCAGCAGCGCUGCGACGAGCUGGAGACGCUCUUCGAGAACACCCGGCACGAGCUCGAGAUCACACAAGAGGCUUUGAUGAAACUAGAUUCAACCCAGAAAGUGACGACACAGAGCGGCAUAGAGCAGGAAAAUGCACUCCUCAACGAGUCAGCUGCUAUGGAGAGUUCACUCACCCUUCAGAUCAUAGAGCUGGAAGGUGAAACUAAACAGCUACGCCACGAGCUUGAGCGCGUCGUGAGCGAGCGCGACCGCCUGCUCACAGAGAGCUCAGAGCUCGGCGUGGACAAGGCCUCGCGUGAAUCCGAGCGCGCGGCGCUUCGGGCGGAGCUACGCGAAGCGCGACAGAGGGAACAGAGACUCCUGCUAGACAUCGGGGACUUGGAAGACGAGAACAUAUCGCUACAGAAACAAGUGUCUGCGCUAAGAUCAUCGCAGGUGGAAUUCGAAGGGCUAAAGCAUGAGGUCCGUCAACUACGCGAAGAAGCAGAGAACCUUCGCGCGGCGGCCGAUGAGACCGCGGCGCUGCGCCGCAUCGCCGAGAGGCAACUUGGCGAGGCGCUCGAGGCAUUACAAGCAGAACGCGAGGCGAAGUUCGCCGCGAAGAAGGAGCUUGAUGCGCAUCUUAGCCGUGAAGCAGCUUAUAAUAUCACCAACCUGGCCUACAGCAUACGAGGCAUGGGCGAAGAAGGUGGUUCCGAAGAAGGGUCCCCCGGCGCGUCGAACUCGGAACUGGCCGCCGCCAUGGGCGAGCACCACGCCGACCUGUUCUCCGAGGUGCACCUGCACGAGGUGUCCCGCCUGGAGAAGCAGCUGGAGCAGGCGCACAACGAGAACAGCCAGCUGUCGGCGUCAGUACGCGCCGCACAAGCGACGGCGGAAAGCGAGAGCGCGUGCGCUUGUAUGCUGCGCUGCGGUCUACAGCGCGCCGCUUCUCGCGUCACCGCGCUCGCCGCUCUCCACAAGGAGACACAGCCAGACGACGAGAAGACGGAAGGCAGCGGCGGCGUGCCUCCCCGCGCGGCGGCCUGGCUGACGUGGUGGCGCGUGUCCGGCGGCGAGCUCACGGCGCUCGGCGCCACCCUCACUGAGCUACAGUCGGCUUCCGCCCCGCCUGAUGCCUCGCCCGCGGCACUGGCUAGAGCGUCGCUGGCUGAACUCAGUGACAGGGUGGCUGAGGCUGAAGUCGCUGCUGCAGCGUUGCAGGCGGAUUGCGACUUGCUCAGGACUUUGGCUGGAGGAGCUGGACGUGCGUUGUCAUCAGCCGCGCCGGCACUCACGUCGGCAGCCGAAGCUCUCGCACAGAUGUACCACCACGUGUGCGCCGUCAAUGGCACGCAGCCUGAACGUUUGUUGUUGGAACACGCCGCCACAGACGGUGCCGGCGGCGACGGGCGCGGCGCGGAGGUGGAGGACGCGGCGCUGGCGCUGGCGGCGGGCGAGCUGGAGGGGCUGCGCGCCGCGGGGGCUGUGGCGCGCGCCGCGGACACGCUGCUGGACCAGCUCACGCACCUGCGCGCCGCGCUCGACGCCGCGCUCGACUCGCGCCGCCACCACCACCGCGCGCCCGGAAUGGAAUCGGAAGAGCGCGCCGCCGAGCUGGCCGAACUCCAAGAGCAAGUGAUCAAGCUCAAGUCGCUCCUCUCGACCAAGCGCGAGCAGAUCGCCACCCUCCGCACCGUGCUCAAGUCCAACAAGAACACCGCGGAGGUGGCGCUGGCGAACUUGAAGAGCAAAUACGAGACCGAGAAGACUAUUGUCACGGAAACCAUGCUCAAGCUCAGGAACGAGCUGCGGCUGCUCAAGGAGGACGCUGCUACCUUCUCCAGUCUCCGCGCUAUGUUCGCGGCGCGUUGCGAGGAGUACGUGACGCAGGUGGACGAGCUGACGCAGGCGCUGGCCGGCGCCGAGGACGAGAAGAAGACCCUCAACCAGCUGCUGCGGCUCGCCGUGCAGCAGAAACUCGCGCUCACGCAGCGCCUCGAGGAGCUGGAGGUGGACCGCGAGAUGCGCACCCGGCGCGUGCCCAAGGCGGCGGGCCCGACGCGGACGCGCGGGCGGGAUUUCUAGCGGCUCGUGCUCGCGCUCAAGGCCGCCGCGCUCGCCCUGCGCGCGCUGCUCGCGCGCCCGCCGCACGCCGCGCCGGCCUCCGGGCUGCCCGCCUCCCUCUCCGCGCCCGACAUGCGCUGACCGGCGCCGAGUG